AUGGACGUGGUCGAGCGGCUGAUCAAGGAGAUGCCGCUGUACGACGGCGCGCGGCAGGGGCUCGACGUGACGCUGAUCGAUACGCCCGGGUAUGGCGAUCUGCUUGUCGACACGCCUGGCCGCUCGAGCGCCGACAAGGUCGUCGCCGAGGUAGAGCGUCGGAUCUCAGCGCACCUCGCGCAGGAGGUGGCGAGCCGCGACGACAUGCCGCUCGACGAGGAGAAGCAGCUGUGGAAUGGGCUGGAGACGUAUACAUACAAGAACCAAGUAAGUGGCCUGCUCAAGAAGCACAGCAUCUCGACCUUCCGUUUCACCGAUGGAUCGAUCAAGGAGGUCGAGCAGCUCCACGCCGAGAGCUUUGUGGACACGUUCAAGCCUCUCUACGGCGGCGCCGACGGCUCCUUGCCGUGGGCGGUCAUGGGUGCCGAUGACUCGCAGCGCGAGUACAUCUGGGGGACGGCCAUCACCAACGAGCCACGCCACUCCGAGCUGCCGGCGCUACGCGACCUACUGCUCAGUGCGGGAGGGUGGCAGCAGCUCAAACGAGACGCGGCACUCAAGGCGGACAAGGAGGCCGCACGUCGCGCCAAGGCAGUCUGGCCCACGGUGCCAUGGGACUAA